AUGGGUUGUGGAAUGAGUACCGAGGAGAAGGAGGGCAAGGCCCGCAACGAGGAGAUUGAGAACCAGCUCAAGAGGGAUAAGAUGAUGCAGCGCAACGAGAUCAAGAUGCUUCUGCUUGGUGCUGGUGAAUCCGGAAAGUCGACUAUCCUGAAGCAGAUGAAGCUUAUCCACGAGGGUGGCUACUCUCGCGAUGAGCGCGAAUCCUUCAAGGAAAUCAUCUUCAGCAACACCGUCCAGUCCAUGCGUGUCAUUCUUGAGGCCAUGGAGUCCCUCGAGCUGCCCCUUGAGGACCAGCGCAUGGAGUACCACGUCCAGACCAUCUUCAUGCAACCCGCUCAGAUCGAGGGCGAUGUUCUCCCUCCGGAGGUCGGAAGCGCCAUCGAGGCUCUGUGGAAGGACCGUGGCGUACAAGAGUGUUUCAAGCGAUCCAGAGAAUACCAGCUCAACGACUCAGCAAGAUACUACUUCGAUAACAUCGCUCGCAUUGCUGCUCCCGAUUACAUGCCCAAUGACCAGGACGUCCUUCGCUCCCGUGUCAAGACCACUGGUAUCACUGAAACAACUUUCAUCAUCGGAGAUCUUACCUACCGCAUGUUCGAUGUGGGUGGCCAGCGUUCCGAACGUAAGAAGUGGAUUCACUGCUUCGAGAACGUCACCACCAUUCUCUUCCUUGUCGCCAUCUCCGAGUACGAUCAGCUGCUUUUCGAAGAUGAGACCGUCAACCGUAUGCAGGAGGCACUGACUCUGUUCGACUCCAUCUGCAACUCGAGAUGGUUCAUCAAGACCUCCAUCAUCUUGUUCCUCAACAAGAUUGAUCGAUUUAAGGAGAAGCUGCCUGUCAGCCCCAUGAAGAACUACUUCCCCGACUACGAGGGCGGUGAUGACUACGCUGCUGCCUGCGACUACAUUCUCAACCGAUUCGUCAGCCUGAAUCAACAUGAGACCAAGCAGAUUUACACUCAUUUCACCUGCGCCACAGAUACGACCCAGAUUCGAUUCGUCAUGGCCGCCGUCAACGAUAUCAUCAUCCAAGAAAACCUCCGUCUGUGCGGUUUGAUCUAA